ACAGCUACAAGUGCCAGAUGCUAUUCUGGUUGCAAAGCAGGAAAUGACUCCGGAGACUGAGUAUUUCAAGGAAAAUAUCAAGGAGAUGACUUCCGAUAUCCAUCCAGAAGAGGCAAGAAGUAGUGGAGCGAGGGAAUGAAAGAUGGCAGCACGCCGUGCAUUAAAAGCUGUUUUGGUGGAUCUCAAUGGCACACUUCACAUUGAAGAUGCAGCUGUGCCAGGCGCACAGGAAGCUCUUAAAAGGUUACGUGGUACUUCUGUAAUGGUUAGGUUUGUGACCAAUACAACCAAAGAGAGCAAGCAAGACCUAUUGGAAAGGUUGAAAAAACUGGAGUUUGAUAUCUCUGAAGAUGAAAUAUUCACUUCUCUGACUGCAGCCAGAAAUUUAGUAGAGCAGAAACAGGUUCGACCCAUGCUGCUAAUAGAUGACCGGGCACUACCUGAUUUCAAAGGAAUACAAACAAGCGAUCCUAACGCUGUGGUCAUAGGACUGGCACCAGAACAUUUCCAUUAUCAAAUUCUGAAUCAAGCAUUCCGGUUACUCCUGGACGGGGCACCUCUGAUCGCAAUCCACAAGGCCAGGUAUUACAAGAGGAAAGAUGGCCUGGCCCUGGGGCCUGGACCGUUCGUGACGGCUUUAGAGUAUGCCACAGACACCAAAGCCACAGUAGUGGGAAAACCAGAGAAAACGUUCUUUUUGGAAGCAUUGCGGGGCACUGGCUGUGAACCUGAGGAGGCCGUGAUGAUAGGAGAUGAUUGCAGGGAUGACGUUGGUGGGGCUCAGAAUGUCGGCAUGCUGGGUAUCUUAGUACAAACUGGGAAAUAUCGAGCAGCAGAUGAAGAAAAAAUUAAUCCACCUCCUUACUUAACUUGUGAGAGCUUCCCUCAUGCUGUGGACCACAUCCUGCAGCAUCUACUGUGAUCCUUUAUGUGAAUCAGAAGCAACUCUGGAAUGAAUCCCUCCCCAACUCCACGCCCGCAUAGAUAGACAUGGACCAACCCUCCUCUAUUGUGCAUUAAUUAGAAAGAAAGGUAUUGAAUUGCAGCCAGCCACUGAGCCUUGCUUAUCCCUUUUGUUUUAUUUUGUAAAAGAAGAUGAGACCCAGAGAAAGGGAAAGCUGAGAUUUUAUGUCAUUCCUUUUAAAAUAUUCAUCAGGCUAGGCAGGGCUGGGAGGGGGACUCUCCUGCAGGGAGUUGUGUUCUCUGCUGUCUCCUCACUGGCACAUUGGGAGGGGGGAGUGUUCAGAUUGUGAAUAAAAGUGAAUGGCAUUUUUUAAAUUAUAAAAUAAUGUGUCAAAAAGUGUGUCGGGCUAUAGUUUUAACAUUGGGCUCAGCUGUGAAAUCCAUCAGAAGUGCCAAGUGGAGUACAAGUCAGAAGAAGCUAAAUAAAUUGUCCUUUAGCCCAAGUGAUCAAGUGAAUUUGCUUUAACGGAUGUUGAAAACUAGAUUAUCUCCUGUAUUAUUCCCAGCACGGGUGACUUCUUUUUCUCUUCAUUAGCCAGAGAUGACUAAUUUAAAUUUAGAACCUGAUUUUAAUUUAAAAUAAUAUUUCCAUUAAUAACCUAUUCAUUGCAGAUACCUAUUAUACUGUGUAACAGUUGUUUUGGAAAUUUUAUGUAAAAUUAAAACUAUCAGUAUUUUA